AUGUUGUUCAGAUCUCUUUAUCAGAAUAAGCAUAUAUAUCAAAAAUUUCAUACAAGUUCUCCACGACAUGUUAAUCCUAUAUUAUGGGUUUUUCUUAAACCUGCACUUAAAGGUAUCGCUUGGAUAACCGGCAGAUCAGCUAGAAAAUGGUAUCGACAGCUACCAGCGGAAAAACAAUCUGUAUUUAUGCAACAUCUUAAUCGACAUAAAUAUACUUAUAUGGGUAUAUUUGGAACAAUAGGAACUGCUGCUGGCAUACAUUAUUAUACUCAUCUUGAAACAGCACCUAUAACUGGAAGACGACGUUAUAUGAUGAUGAAUAUUGACUACUUGAAACAAUUAUCUGAGAUGGAAAAAGAAAAGAUGGCAUCAAUGUUUAACAAUCAAAUGUUACCCGAAAAGAGUAAGCAAACUCAACAGGUAGCUCGAGUAGCAAGACGAAUUAUUGCCUCUAAUAUGGAUAUUGCCAAUAUCAAAACAAUAAAAUGGACUGUUCGAGUUGUUGUAACUUUUGUCUUACCGUCCGGUGAUAUUUAUUUUACUCGAGGCAUGCUUGAAACAAUGACCAAUGAAGAUCAAGUAGCUAUUGUUCUUGCUCAUGAACUUUCACAUGCAUUAUUAGGGCAUAGUGGAGAAAGAAUAUCUUAUUUGCAAAUAAUCGAUAUUCUAGCUAUAUUUGGUGCAUUUAUUAUUUGGGCUGUUUUCCCAACUGAUUGGACUUCUUUUUGGGUGAAUUUUAUAUUUGAAAAUUUUAUAACAUUUACCUCUCGAUUACCUUAUUCUCGAUAUUUGGAAGAAGAAGCUGAUGAAGUGGGUCUUAUGUUAGCAGCAAAAAGCUGCUAUGACGUUCGUGAAUCAGUUAGUUUCUGGAAAGCAGCUGCAGUAGCCGAUAUUGAAGCAGCUAUACCAGAAUUCAUGUCUACACAUCCAGCAAAUGCUAAGCGUGCUGAAAAUCUUGAUAAAAUCGUUCCUUGGGCACUUGAUUUACGUCGUGAAUGCAAUUGUGCUCCAUUACCACAAAAUAAAACACUUGGUGUACUUAAUCUUUCAACACAUCCCGAAGAAAAAAUAAUGGCACCGAUUGAAAAAAAUGCAGGUGGUUUACGUCAUAUACCUGUGAUAGAAACUAUCAAAAAAUAA